UUUUUGACACGCCUUCGUGUUGUUCAUCAGUUAUUACUUCCUUUAUCAAAUAUUUAGUGUUAUUUUAAUGUUAAGUGUGUGAAUAUAAGUGUAUAUCUUAAUCAUUAGUUAAGUGCAUUUUUAAAUCAGGUUUAAAACCCUAAUAUUAUCUCCAAAUAACAGCAACGAUGGCAACUAUGACGGAUCCCUACGGUACGACCGGGCAGCUAACCCUGAAAUGGGACCCCAAGAACUUGGAAAUCAGGACGAUGUCAGUGGAAAGGACUUUGGAACCGCUGGUGUUGCAAGUGACCACACUCGUGAAUAGCAAGGACAAGUCGGCCAAGAAAAAGAGACCCGGCAAAUCGAAACGGGCCAGUGCCCUGGUCGCGACCGUGGAACGAGCGACGGAGAUAUUCAUAGAGCGCGGGCAGACGAUCGCCUACGAGAACCCCGAGAUCACGCAGGAGAUGCUCGCCGCUGUGGAGGAGGUGCGGAAAGCUGGCGCGGCGAUGAGCCUGGCGGCGCGCGAGUUCUCGGAGGAGCCGUGCGCGUCGUCCGUGCGCUCGGGCAUGGUGCGCGCCGCGCGCAGCCUGCUGUCGGCCGUCACCCGCCUGCUCAUCCUGGCCGACAUGGUGGACGUGCACCUGCUGCUGUCCAACCUGCGCACCGUGGAGAACGAUCUAGAUAAGCUGAAGUCCGCGUCGUCUCAGUCCGAGCUCCUGGAGUCGGCUCGUCAGUUCGGCAGGUCCGCGAACGAGCUGGCCGCUCAGGCUGCGAGACGCCAGAAGGAGCUGAAGGAGCCGAGGAUGAAGGACGAGCUGGCAGCCGCGAGGGCUGUCCUGAAGAAGCAUUCGACCAUGUUGCUCACGGCUUCAAAGGUGUACGUGCGGCACCCCGAGCUGGCGGCGGCGAAGGCCAACCGCGACUUCGUGCUGCGCGCCGUGUGCUCCGCCGUCGACACCAUCGCCGCCGUCGCGCGCGGACGGGCGCUCCCCGCCGCCGGUUCGAACCGCGUGCCCGUGGAAGGUCCGGGCGAGCUCGCGCAGGCGCUAGACGACUUCGAUGAGCGUAUGGUGAUGGAACCGCUCGCGUACUCCGAGCUGCGCACCAGACCCUCGCUGGAGGAGCGGCUCGAGUCAAUCAUCUCCGGAGCCGCGCUCAUGGCGGACAGCUCCUGCACCAGAGACGAGCGUCGCGAGCGCAUCGUGGCCGAAUGUAACGCGGUCAGGCAAGCCUUACAGGAUCUACUACACGAGUAUAUGAACAAUGCGGGGCGCGCCGAGCAGUCGGAGGGGCUGGAGCGCGCGCUGGAGCAGAUGUGCCGCAAGACGCGCGACCUGCGCCGGCAGCUGCGGAAGGCCGUCGUGGACCACGUGUCCGACAGCUUUCUGGAGACGAACGUGCCGCUGCUGGUGCUGCUGGAGGCGGCUCGCAGCGGCAACGAGAAGGAGGUGGAGGAGUACGCCGUCGUGUUCACCGAGCACGCCAACAAGCUCGUGGAGGUCGCCAACCUCGUGUGCUCGAUGUCCAACAACGCGGACGGCGUGAAGAUGGUCCGCCACGCGGCGGCGGCGCUGGCGGCGCUGGGCGCGCAGGUGCUCAACGCGGCGCGCGUGCUGGCGGCGCGCAGCCGCUCGCGCGUCGCGCAGGACAACGCGGGCGCCUUCGCGCGCGCCUGGGAGGCCGCCGUGCGCCUGCUCACCGACGCCGUGGACGACGUCACCACCGUCGACGACUUCCUCGCCGUCAGCGAGAACCACAUCCUGGAGGACGUGAACAAGUGCGUGGUGGCGCUGCAGGAGGGGGACCCAGACUCGCUCGAGCGGACCGCCGGCGCCAUCCGCGGGCGGGCCAACAGGGUGUGUUCCGUCGUGACCCAAGAGAUGGACAACUACGAGCCCUGUAUAUACACGAAGCGCGUGCUGGAGGCGGUCACCGUGUUACGAGAUCAGGUGAUGUCAAAGUUCGCCGUCCGAGUCGACGCAGCGGUGUCCGCGCUCGGAGACGGCGCGGGCGCAGGUCUCGACGAGAACGACUUUAUUGACGCCUCGCGUCUCGUGUACGACGCGGUCCGUGAGAUACGACGCGCCGUGCUCAUGAACAGGACGAGCGAUGAUCUCGACACUGAUACCGAGUUUGAGCCGGUCGAAGAUAUGACGAUGGAAACCAGGAGCCGCUCGAGCGCUCACACCGGCGAGCACGGUGUUGAUGAAUACCCGGAUAUUAGCGGCAUUACUAACGCCAGGGAGGCGAUGCGUAAGAUGACGGAAGAGGACAAACGUAAGAUCCUCCAGCAAGUUGAACUCUUCAGGCGCGAGAAGAUGACGUUCGACAACGAAGUGGCGAAGUGGGACGACGCCGGCAACGACAUCAUCAUGCUCGCGAAGCACAUGUGCAUGAUCAUGCUCGAAAUGACGGACUUCACGAGAGGCCGGGGCCCGCUCAAGACGACGAUGGACGUCAUCAACGCCGCUAAGAAGAUAUCCGAGGCUGGCACCAAGCUGGACAAGCUCACGCGAGAGAUUGCUGAACAGUGUCCCGAGUCAUCGACGAAGCAGGACCUGCUGGCGUACCUGCAGCGUAUCGCGCUGUACUGCCACCAGAUACAAAUCACCAGCAAGGUGAAGGCCGACGUGCAGAAUAUCUCCGGGGAGCUCAUCGUUAGCGGGCUCGACAGCGCGACGUCGCUAAUCCAGGCGGCCAAGAAUCUGAUGAACGCGGUCGUGCUCACCGUGAAGGCGUCCUACGUCGCCUCCACCAAGUACACCAGACAGGGCACCAUCGCAUCGCCGAUAGUAGUGUGGCGUAUGAAGGCGCCCGAGAAGAAGCCGCUGAUACGUCCCGAGAAGCCGGAGGAGGUUAGGGCGAAGGUUCGCCGCGGCAGCCAGAAGAAGCAGCCCAGCCCCAUACACGCGCUGGCUGAGUUCCAGAGCCCCGCCGACAGCGUCUAAUCGCGUUGAAGUUUUUUAUAUAUUUAAAGGAACGUGAUUUUAUUUAUUAUUAAUAAAUAUAUGUUAAUUAUGUAUAUGAUAUGUACGUGUCACUCAUAUCGCUGUCUCGUUCACACCUAUGUACCGUCACCGAAUAGGCGAAUAUUCGAAACAUUCGUACAAAACAUUCUUACUUAAAUAAAAUUUGUAAAAUUAUUCUCUGUCUUGUUCUCACGAUUGUGAAAUCGGUGGUGAUAGAAAGAGAGAUGGCUAGUUUGUAUAUUAUAUAUAGUGAAGAUGUUAUAUAAUGUCCGGGUGAGAGAAUGCGUUCCUGACAUGUCUGUCGAAUGAAUAUAAUUUAUUAAAUAAAUAAGCGGAUUGGCAUAUAUAUCACCUGAUGGUAAGUCUGGUGAUCACCUGAUGCCUGUAGUUACACUGUCUCACUCACACUUCAACUAUCAGCAAUACUAACUAUUUUUGGCGGCAGAAUAUCUGAUGAGUGGGUGGUAACCACCCAGACGGCUAGCAAAGCCCUACCACCUAUCCGAUUGUUAUCAGUGUAACCUCUAUGUAUAAAUAGACAAUAAUGAAAUACUACAGUACCUCGUUUUCGUCUGUCGGUCUAAGCAAGUGUUUUUGCGUGGUAGCUCUAAAACGAAAAUAUAUAUCAUUAUUUUCAAUUUACAAUAAAUUUUCGCAUUGAAUUUCAUUUUAAAUAAAUAAAUAAGAAAAUAUUUUUUUGAUGUGUAAACAUUUGAACACUGUAAACACUGAUGACGUCAGCGUGAGAUUCGUUACUGUGUGCGUGAGAUCAGCACACGUACACGCGUUUGCACGUCAAUUUUCGUGAUUACAUUACACAAAUCAUUUUUUUUUAUACAUACUGUCUCGGGGUUAUUAAUAUUACCAGCCGAUAGACGUCAGGAACGCGAGGGCGAUUCAUUUAAGUGGGGGGGGGGGUUGUUACGAGUAUCUAACGUGUUCGAAAUUCAUUUUUAAAAAGUCAAUUCUAGUAACUUUAUAAGUCUAUGUACAAUUAAAUAUUCGCCCUCUUAAUGUAUCGCUCGUAUUAAUUAUUUAUAUUUAUAACCGUUUCUCUUUCUAACUGUUUGUUAUAUACAGAGCAGAUACGAUGUGGUCGUUUUUAUGUUUUAUUAUUAUUAUAUAACAUCCCCGUUAUGUUUAGUUAGUACAACAAUAUAUGUGUAAACAAUAGACAUAGCAAACAUUUGACAAACUUUAGAUAAACAUUUGACAAACUUUGGAUAAACAAAUGACAAACUUUGAAUAAACAAUUGACAAACAUUUGACAAACUUUGGAUAAACAAUUGACAAACAUUUGACAAACUUCGGGUAAACAAUAGACUAACAUUUGACAAACUUUGGAUAAACAAAUGACAAACUGAAUAAACAAUUGACAAACAUUUGACAAACUUUGGAUAAACAAUUGACAAACAUUUGACAAACUUCGGGUAAACAAUAGACUAACAUUUGACAAACUUUGGAUAAACAGUGACAAAUAUUGGGUAAACAUUUGACCAAAUACAAAGUUAUGAAACAAGUAUUUAUGUUAUUAAAAAAAAAUGUUUUUUUUUCAUUUAAUUUAAAUUUAAUGCAACAAAAAGACAAAUAUACAUAAAUACAAGUUUUAUUAAUAGGCUACGAUUUUUAAGUUAAUUAUUUAAAAUGUAUUUUUGGUUUAAUUCGUACAAAAUUCGCUUAUUAUUUAACAAAGUUCAGUAUAUUAUAUAAAAUAUACAAAAUUAUAACAAAUAUAAUAUUAGGAUCGUGUGACUAAUAUGGCUGAUACAGAAUGUCUGAUUUUGUCCAAUAUGGCCGCAAUUUCAAAUAAAAAAAAUCACUUAAAACGGCCAAGAUAUAAAAGGUUACUAGUAUUGUAGUUUUCAAUUUUCUAUUUAUAAUUCGUAUUAUUGUAAGGAAUUCAUUUCGGGUGAAAUUGUCACACUGACCAUGUCCCACUGCUGGGCUAAGGCCUUCUCCUUGGAGGAGGCUUGAAGGCUAUGAGGCCGCAGAUACCGAGGUCUUGAGUUCAAACCCCGGGUCGGGACAAUAAAAGACAAAACAGUUACAUUACAAUAUCCUUUCCUUGCCUUUUUUAAUAAUGAUUUCUACAUACGGUACCGAUGACAAAACAAUAAAAAAUUAUCAUUUUACUAAAUAAUUUAAUAAACGUGUGUUUCUUGAAUUAUAUAUGAUAUAUAAAUAAAAAUAAUAUUACAUAUAUACAUUUUUAUGUAAAAAAAAAUACAUAGCCAUUAUAUCAUACUCAUUACAUAGCAUAUGAACUUAGUGAAAUUGUCUGCUCCAUCAUGGCGAAUCCGCCAUAUUGAAUAUGUCUGAUGCCAUAUACAUUUUCGUCAAUUACAUUUUGACAUUACUCUUUAUAGUAGCAAAAUUGUAACGAUUAUUAAUAAAAAAAAAAAACUUUUUAUUAUCUAUUUAUACGUGUAACCCGAUUGGAAUGAAUCCUUUGCUUUAUAUGAAAAUAAAUUAAUAAUGUUCGAGAAGAAUUAAAUAUAAACAAAUUAAUGGUAAAUUUCUAAGCAAACGCGUAUAUACUGACGCCAAUACAUUACCCUUAUAUAUACAUAACGCUUAUAAACAUAUAAACAAAUAGCAACUAUAUCUGUCACCGAGCGUCUUUAUUGUAAACGGUCGUUCCAACGAAUGGGACAAAAUGUAAACAAACCUUGACAAUUAAAUGUUAAAUUUCAGUUUAAAUUGAAAUAAAUUUAAUAUUAUAAAAGUUAGCCAUGUGUUGCAUCUAGCAAUAAUUUAAAGUAAUUACAGGCACGAGGGAAAUAACAUCUUAGUUCCCAAGGCUGGUGGCGCAUUGGCGAUGUAAGCGAUAGUUGACAUUUCUUACAAUGCCAAUGUCUAUGAGCGUUGGUGACCACUUACUGAACUCUUUCCGGUCGUGUCGGAUUGCCGUCCCAUCGGACUAUGAGAGCUAAGGAAUAGAGAGUGCACCUGUGUUUGCGCACACACUCGUGCACUAUAAUGUCUCCUGCGAAGUUGGCUAAUCUCUUUUGAAAUCGGUUAAGUUAUAGGUUAAUCGGAAAAGUUACGUCUAAAGAUUAAUUGGACGUCAUUUUGUUUACAUUCUGUUUCAUUCCAAACGGGAUAUUUUGAUUGGUUUUGCACUGAUUUAAUAUUUAUAAAGAUUCAACGAAGUUAUAUACUGUAUAAGGCUAUAUCGUAAAUUUAAAAGCGCCAAAAUGUCUUUCUGGCAUAUAGACAUAGUUUUCGUAUUAUUAUAACGCAUUUUAUAUCCGAUUUUAAUGUGAAAAAAAAACUCUUUAAAUUUUGAAGGUAUUAUAUUUUAAUCUGUGGUAAGGUGUAAGGUUUAAUGGCUCGAACAUAACCGAUACAGUUGUGUGGUUGAUGAAAAGUAUUAGAAAGAGAUGGAAUGUCAAGUGAACUUCACAAAAUGUUUUGAGAAAUUGUUGAGUCAUCACGAUUAUGUCUUUGCUCAGCUGUAGGAUAAUAUACCAAAAAUAUAAAUAAUUGUGAAAUGCAAUAAUUCUUCGAAUUUAAAGGGUUUUAUAAAAUAUUUAAAAAAUAAACGAUCUUUAUGUCAUUUUUAUUCCUAAUACGACACGGAUAGUAUUUUUUUUAAAUGUUAUCUGUUUUCCAAACGUCAAAUUGACGUUUGUAAUAAUCAAAGAGGUCGGUUAUGUUUUAAAUAAUCGUAAUAGAUAAUAGGUAGAUAGAUAUUAAGGACACAUUAUAAGUAUUAUUGAUAGUAAAAAUUUUGUAAUAUUUAUUCUUGUAAGCAAAAUGUAUUUACUUAAAAUUAAUGUAUAUGAUUUGAUCGUAUUUAUUGUGUACCAUUUUUUUUAAAUAUAAAACAGACAAAUUUCAAAGUCGGUUUCGACAGAUCCUAUAAAAAGUAAUAAACAUCAAGAAUAUAAAAUUUUCAAUCAAUGUAAUCCAUUCGGAAUCUAGAUUCUCGUUAGAAUCUAGUAUUUACUCUUUUUGAUCACUCGUACACAUCUAAUGAACUAAAUUUAAAUAUAAUAUGUAUCAACUCGUGUUCUAAUAUUAAUUCACAUUUUGCAAACAAGAUUAAUAAUAUUUUCAAAUCAAUUUUCAAAAUAUAGAAAAUAAGUAUAGUGACUCGUAGGAAUAUUUUUUGUCUGUAUUUAUUUAGUCUAUGGAGAGUGGAAGUGAGGGGAGGUAUCUUGGUGUAAAAAAGUAUUCCCCAAAAUGUAUAAAAUAAAUGUCGCUGCUAGAGUUAGACGGAUAUUUGAAACGCUAACGAUGACGAGAGUGAGACGGAAUUAGAGAGAGAUUUCUAUCAAAUUAUUCUGUUAUACGAAUGAACAAACACAGAUAAUCUCAAGCAAUGUCGUCUAACUACAGCAGCUCCAUUCUAGCGCUUUAUAAAACCAUUUUAUCAUACAUUACGAUGCACACGAUUCGAAUAAAACCUGAUAUGAUAGGCUCUUUACUUCUACACUCUAUAAUUUAAUCUAAGCGCUUGGUUUCGCGACUGGCAGCUCAACCGGAUUAUUGUUUUUUAUAGCCGUUCAUUGCAACCGACACUUGUCUCUGUAUUUUUAGAAAUUACGAUGAAAUGACAAUUUGUGUUUAGUAUUUUAUUUAGAUUUUUCCUUGCCAUAUUUUUUUUUUAAUGUUUUUUUUUUAUAACAGAAUGUCGGUUCUCGAAAUUUUGCUUCAAUAUAUAAAUGUAGAAUUAUGAUAAAACUUUUGUAGACAUUUUCAAUUUUCUAAUAAUGUUUUAACGAUAGUAUUGUCGUAACAAUAAAAUGUAUACUCAAUUCACGAUGACUUUUUAUUUA